CUGGGCCUCAAAGCCGAGCGUAACACGGAGACAUCCCAACAUGUGGCCACUGCAGGAAAAAGGUCAAAGGUCGGAGCUGUCAAAUUCAGAGCGCCAAGAGAUGUGACGGAUUCUGCGGGGGUUCUGGGUCGUGCCCUCCUUUUCAGGGAGGUUUUCCUCCAGUUCUCUGCCCCCGUUUCGCGGCCCUCCUCGUGUUUGUCCAGCUUUGCGUACGUGACAGCCCAACCAAUGUCACAAGCAGAUGCGAGAAAGCUCAGCGACCUGACCAGUAGGUGUGAGUGCGGUCUAAAGCGGAGGUCCGGGACCACGCGCUGCCCCCCGAGCAUGAGGAGUGUGCCUUUGUUUGCCAGUGUCAGAUCUCGACUCCUCCCAGCCCGGGCACGAGUGCCUCGCCACCUCCAUCGCAACCGGCCUCACGAAAGCUGCUCAGCGACAAUGGCUCCCUUUGAGAAAUCCAUGGAGAUGAUGCCCUUCAAGCAGAGGAAAUGCCUCGCCACAAGAAAAGAUGAAGUGUGCACUAUCCGGUCUAAAUUCCCCAACAAACUGCCUGUGAUUGUCGAACGUUACAUCCGUGAAAAGACUCUCCCUCUGCUGGAUAAAACAAAGUUUCUGGUACCUUUCGAGCUCACCUUGGGUCAGUUUCUCUGCCUCCUCAGGAAUAAAAUCGCGCUGGACUCCUCCCAGGCGCUGUUCCUGCUGGUGGCAGAGAAAAGCAUGUCCUGCAUGUCAUCCAGCAUGGGGGAGGUGUAUUCCCACCACAGAGACACCGACGGUUUCCUCUACAUCACCUACGCCUCUCAGGACAUGUUCGGAGCCCCUCAGCCCACAGUGCGGCCGUCCUCCUGAGGCCGGGACCGAACGCAUGAACUGAACUCUGACCAAACAGUGACCGUCACCACACAGUCAAACUGAAGAAAAGAGCCGGACCGAGCCAAACGAGACAUCUGUUCCCCGGCCCUUCUGCUCCAAACCGCUCCAUCUGCCUACCUCAUCACACCUGUCUGGAUUUUGAAACACUUAGAAGCAGAGAUGAGCCGUCCUGAUGAAGACCGGUUUAGGCUGAUCAGCUUUUAUUGAAGGGUCUCUACUCAGAAGCAGUCACACAAAGAGAUUCACUCAUUAUAGGCCAUUACUUGAAUCUUUUUUUCAUAAACUGAAGACCCCGAAAGCUGCAGUCAUUGCCUGAUUUCAUAAGCUGAAUCCAAACACUUAACAAAAAACAUUAAAAUCAUUAUAUUUUAUGGUAUUUUAUAAUUUUAUUGGUAAAAAUUAUUAAAUAUAUCCCUAUGUUGAGCUAAAGUGUUUCCACAGAUCUGUAAUGGCAGCUUAACAUGGCUAAUAUUCUCAAAUAAGAAGUAUAGAUUGGAAAUCACACUCCUUCUUAGCACUUAUUUCCCCUUCCCUUUCUUUAAAAAAAAGGGUCCUAUUCAUCCUCACUUCCCCAAAGAAUGUGAACCUGUCCCACAGACGUGUCUUUACAGAACUGAAUCACUCCUGGUGUCGUUUUGUGCUGCUCUGAUGUGUUCUGUGUCCAAGCUACCGAACAAUAAAAUUCUCCUUUUAAUGAAC